UCAAGCAGCGAGACCGUGCGGAGAGGUUAGAGUCAGGUAUCUGCGUGGAGUAGGCAUGGACACCAAGGAGCAAGGAGCCCAAAUGGAGCCAUUAUUACCAACGAGAAAUGAUGAAGAAGCUGUGGUGGACAGAGGGGGAACAUGCAGUAUUCAGAAAACACAUUUUGAAAAAGAGGACUUGGAAGGUCAUCGAACUUUGUAUAUUGGUGUUCAUGUUCCACGGGGAAGGCGAAGCCACCGACGACACAGGCAUCGUGGGCACAAACAUCGUAAGCGUGAUCGAGAAAGAGACUCUAGCACAGAGGAUGGGAGAGAGUCUCCUACUUAUGAUACUCCGUCCCAGCGAGUGCAGUUUAUUCUUGGAAUAGAGGAUGAUGAUGAAGAACAUAUCCCACAUGAUCUCUUCACUGAACUUGAUGAAAUCUGCAUGCAUAAUGGUGAAGAUACAGAAUGGAAGGAGACUGCUAGAUGGCUAAAAUUUGAGGAGGAUGUCGAAGAUGGAGGAGAUCGAUGGAGUAAACCAUACGUAGCUACACUAUCAUUGCAUAGUCUAUUUGAAUUGAGGAGUUGUAUCAUCAAUGGAACAGUCCUGUUGGACAUGAGAGCCAGCACCAUUGAGGAAAUUGGAGAUCUAAUUCUGGACCAGCAAGUAGCCUCGGGACUGAGUGAUGAAAUUCGUCAAAAGGUGCAUCAGGCACUCCUAAAACAGCAUCAUCAUCAAAGUCAGAAGAAGUUUAGCAAUCGAAUUCCCAUAGUAAGAUCCUUUGCUGAUAUUGGAAAGAAACACUCUGAUCCACAUUCUCUGGAUAAAAAUGCUGGUGGGAAGACCUCAAGGCAUGCUGAAAUCUCUCCUCAAAGAUCUUCAGGUCACAUGAUCUCACCACAAUCUGCUCCUGCUCAUCUGGAAGGCAAAACUGAUGUCAGCCGAGAGAACAGCACUGUUGAUUUUAGUAAGGUGGAUAUGCACUUUAUGAAAAAGAUACCUCCGGGUGCAGAGGCUUCAAAUAUUUUAGUUGGUGAACUUGAAUUUCUGGAUCGAUCAAUUGUUGCAUUUGUUCGUUUGUCUCCAGCUGCUGUUUUAUCAGGAGUUGCUGAAGUUCCUAUUCCAACACGAUUUUUGUUUAUUCUCCUGGGGCCUCUUGGUAAGGGUCCUCAAUAUCAUGAAAUUGGCAGGUCGAUUGCAACCCUGAUGAGUGAUGAGGUAUUUCAUGAUGUUGCAUAUAAAGCAAAAGAUCGUAAUGAUUUGGUUGCUGGUGUGGAUGAAUUUCUUGAUCAAGUGACUGUGUUGCCACCUGGAGAGUGGGAUCCAUCAAUCCGAAUAGAGCCACCAAAGAGUGUACCUUCCCAGGAAAAAAGAAAAAUUCCAGGAAUACCAAAUGGAACCACAGCUCAUGGCGAUGCUGACCCACAUGAAGGGCAUACUGGACCUGAGUUACAGAGAACAGGAAGGCUAUUUGGUGGAUUAUGUGAAGACAUCAAACGAAAAAUCCCAUUUUUUUGGAGUGACUUUAGGGAUGCAUUCAACUUGCAGUGUGUGGCAUCUUUCUUAUUCCUGUACUGUGCCUGUAUGUCUCCUGUUAUUACAUUUGGUGGUCUGCUGGGAGAAGCUACAGAAGGUUGCAUAAGUGCAAUUGAAUCUCUCUUUGGAGCAUCUAUGACAGGCAUAGCAUAUUCACUGUUCGCCGGACAACCACUAACAAUCUUGGGGAGUACAGGGCCAGUCUUGGUGUUUGAAAAAAUACUGUUUAAAUUCUGCAAAGAAUAUGGCUUAUCCUAUCUUUCUUUGAGAACGUGUAUUGGACUUUGGACAGCUACUCUCUGCGUGGUUCUUGUUGCUACAGAUGCAAGUUCAUUGGUCUGCUACAUCACCCGGUUCACAGAGGAAGCAUUUGCUUCCCUUAUUUGCAUUAUAUUCAUCUAUGAGGCACUAGAGAAGCUGUAUCACCUUGGUGAGACAUAUCCUAUCAACAUGCACAAUCGUCUGGAACAGCUGACGCAUUAUUCCUGCAUUUGUUUGGAACCACAAAACCCCAGCAAUAAAACAAUAGAGUACUGGAAUAACCAUAAUAUCACAGCAACAGAAAUUCCAUGGGGAAAUCUGACUCUGUCGGAGUGUAUACAAUUUCAUGGAACGUUUUUUGGAACAGCUUGUGGUCACCAUGGUCCGUAUGUUCCCGAUGUCCUGUUCUGGUCAAUAAUACUGUUCUUUUCCACAUGUACAUUAUCACACUUUCUGAAGCAAUUUAAGACCAGCCGGUAUUUUCCUACCAAGGUACGAUCAACAGUCAGUGAUUUUGCUGUCUUUCUCAGCAUUUUAACAAUGGUCUUAAUUGACUAUGGCCUUGGGAUCCCAUCGCCAAAGCUCCAGGUUCCAAGUGUUUUUAAGCCAACUAGAGAUGACCGUGGAUGGUUGAUUAAUCCUUUGGGUCCCAAUCCAUGGUGGACUGUAAUAGCAGCUUUUAUUCCAGCAUUGCUUUGCACUAUACUAGUCUUCAUGGACCAGCAGAUUACUGCAGUAAUUAUUAAUAGGAAGGAACAUAAAUUGAAGAAAGGAUGUGGCUACCAUUUGGAUCUAAUUAUUAUGUCCAUCAUGCUUGGAAUUUGCUCUAUCAUGGGUUUGCCAUGGUUUGUAGCUGCCACUGUGCUUUCUAUAUCCCAUGUCAACAGUCUGAAGUUGGAAUCUGAAUGCUCCGCACCUGGUGAACAGCCAAAAUUCUUAGGUAUCCGUGAACAACGAGUAACUGGCCUUAUGAUCUUUAUUCUUAUGGGGUCAUCUGUCUUCAUGACCUCUAUCUUACAGUUUAUACCAAUGCCAGUAUUGUAUGGAGUAUUCCUAUAUAUGGGUGCAUCUUCUUUAAGAGGAAUUCAGCUAUUUGAUCGGUUGAAGCUCUUUGGGAUGCCUGCAAAACACCAACCAGACUUUAUCUACCUACGGCACGUGCCCCUGCGGAAAGUACACCUCUUUACUGUGAUCCAGGCUUCUUGCUUGAUCAUUCUCUGGGUAAUAAAAGCUUCUCGGGCAGCCAUUGUCUUUCCUAUGAUGGUUUUGGCACUCGUGUUUAUCCGAAAGCUGAUGGAUUUCAUCUUCACUAAACGAGAGCUGAGCUGGCUGGAUGACUUAAUGCCUGAGAGUAAAAAGAAAAAAUUAGAAGAUGAAGAAAAGGAAGAAGAACAAAUAAUGCUAACAUUAGCAGAGGAAGGAACAAUUCAGUUACCAUUGGAAGGAGCUUACAGGAAUGAUCCUUCUGAAAUUAACAUAUCUGAUGAAAUGGCCAAAACAUCUGUCUGGAAAGCACUCCCCAUGAACACCGAAAAUGCAAAAAAUAAGAAUACAUUCUUUACAUCAAAAAGCUCCCCUUCCUUACCUCUCUAGAAGCUAAUUCCCCAGAAGCUCCCCUGCUUACAACGAAAAGAGAAAAGAGAAGAAAGCUUACUCAGGGAAGGGUAUCGACAGGGAAACAUGUCUUUAAUCUAUUUUACAUUCAGUUUCAUGUUUUCCUGCUCAUUGAAAAUCAGUGCCACAUUUAAUUAUUCCCUUCGAUUCAAUUCCAAAUCUUUUGGUGUUGUAAUGUAACAGUUUAUUAUUGAAACCAGCGUUUAAUAAUUCACGUUGGCUGCACUGUUUUUCCAUUAGGUACUAACAUGCAUUAAAGAUUUUAAAUAUAAAAAUAUUAGUGUAUUCAAUGUGCAGUUAAUAUAAAGACUGCAAUUUGUUGUAAUGUUGUGGUCAAAUAUCUCAUUUAGACUUUAUACUUGUGAUUUGAAAGUCAGUGUUUGUGAUUUGGCAUUUUAAAUAUGUGAUUUUCUGCUCUUAUGACACAUUGCUUUAUAUUGGUUUACAAGUUUAUAUUUGGGUCUUAAUAUUUAAAAGUAAUGAGUUUGUUUUUAGGUAUUGUCCCAUUCUAAACUUAUUAUCUUUUUAGAUGCUUUUCAUAUUCUGUAAGAAUGUAUUAUGCAAUAUCCAAAAGCUUUAUCCAUCAAAUGUACAAUAUAGAUAUAGGUUUUCACAAAAUUGUAGUUAUAUAAAAUUAAUAUAUUUUAUAGUUUUAGUCAUUCCUAAUCUAGUUUGGAUUGAUUUUAGGUCACAAAUCAAGGUAACAUGUCACAUUAAGAUGAAACAAUAAUAAUGUGAUUUACUUCAUUUUGCAGAAUUGCAUGCAUUGCUUAAGUGUGGGAGUGUUUGAAUUUACUGGCCUAAAAAUUCAUUUUCUAUUUUGUGCAUUAAAACAGUGUUGUGUGAUGUGCUAACAUUGUUUGAAGAAGUGCCCUUAGAUGCAAUCUUCAUUAAACAGUGUUGAAAAGUUCCCUGGUGGAAUGGCAUAUGGUUUCCACUUCAGUACCACUAAUAAACUGAUGUGCUUCAAUAUUGUUUAGGUGCUGGCACUUAGCUGCACCAUUGCAGCUUCUAGAUGUACCACAUGAACAGCAAUGCUGCUCUUGUAUAAAAUGGUUCUGUGUGAAGAAUGGCUGUAGCAAUGCUGGGAGAGGGGAGGAACCAUGCUUCAGGAUUCACUUAAAGGUGAUUAGAGGGGCCAUGGAACAGACAGCCUGCUGGAGAGAUGUAUUGUGUAUGUGGGAAUCACUGAAAUACUCUGUGUCUACGCCCCAGGUGCUCCUGGCAGGAGGUUGUUAGCAGAUCCCUGCUAGGAGUGAAACUCUUACAUUAUUAGAUCUAUGAGUCCCUGUACUUUGGAGGAACCUGCAAUGCCAGCAAACCUUCCUGUCUGGUCUGCCUGACCCUGUGAGCUGAAGGAAAAACAUACAUGUUUGAGUAGAGAGCCUGGUUGACUCUUUAAUACACUGGCAAGCAGCAAAUUGUAAGAUAGUGCAAAGCUCAAAGGCUAAGACCUGGAAUAAUCCUGAGACUAGGAUGUUGAGGGUGACCAACACUUUGAUUUUGAGAGCAGUCCAGGUGCAUGUGUGAGCCUGUAUGGUGUCACAGGAGUUCACAAAUGUGUGAGGACUCCAUUGUUGAAGUGUUACCUGUAGACUUGUUGCUCCUCAAAACUCUAGAUAUGAGCAUGGAUCUCUCAAAGACUUUGGUGAUGAGGCCUUCUCUCAUGGUGGUUGCCUGUGAUGCUUCCACCAGCUAUGCUCCAUUUCCAUCUCACCCAGCAAGAAGAGUGGUACAUCUAGACAGACAAAUCAAAAGUAACAUGUUAGUGCAGAAACAUUGUGGAAAUUGCAAGAAAGAUUCAGUUUUAUGUAUUGUAGUUUGUAGAAUAGUCAGCAAAACUGCCAAAAGCUGUAGAGCAGCCUGGUAAAGAUUGUGGUUUGACUUUGAUUGGCCAUUUAAUAAUCUGGUUUCAACUGAAAGCUAGUUACUCAGUAAGUAACAACAACUGCUCGUCUUAGACCCGUGAAGUUGAAAUUACACACCUGUAAACAGGCUUGACUAUGAAUUAUGUCAUUGGGGGCAGGUUUUAUGCUGGAACCAUUUCUCUCGUGCCACCAGAUGGAAAGUUAGGACUUGAAAUUCUGAAAUUGCAAUUUUGCUUUGCACAGAUCAAACCUAUUUUUAAUUGCACUGUACUUUUUCUAAGCACAAAGGAAAUUAAUUUCUAGGCCACUUUUUCAAAUUCUGUGGAGAGAAUUAAAUAGUUGCUGGUGUACCCUGGUAAUAAUAAUGUAACACUACUUAAGACUGCAAUUUUAAAGCAGCUACUUAUUUUGCACAAUAAGUAAUUUACAGUACAUUUUCUCUGGAUGUUAAAAUUGUUUUUAAAGUUCUGUGAAUGAAAUGAAACCAGCUCCUUAUUAUUAUCAGGGGAUCAACAUUGUUUCUGUAAACAUGUCCAACAGGGGCAGACAGCAACAUCCUUGUGAAAUGGAUACAAUUCAAAAUAAGAAGAAUGUGCAAACACUUUUGAAUUAUCAAUAUUUUUCUUGUGUUGUAUACUUUGCAUUAUUCAUAGUAAGUACAACAUUAUUUGAAUUUAGAAAUUUCACUUCAUUCCAUAACAAUUUUUAAUUGUAAAUUUGUCAUUGUUUUAAACCUAGUGAUUAAUUUUUUCCAGAGUGAAUCAGAAAAACCUGUAUAAGAUGAUUCAACAGUAUUAAAAUUGAUAAACCAGUUUAUUUUAAACUAUUAUUGUAAUUUCUUGAUACAAUAUUAAUUCAACAGCUAGAGUUACUAGCAUCAUGUUUUACGCAGAAAUAUAAAUACAGAUUUACUCUA